UACUAACAACUCAAAAGACAAAUCGGUGAUUUACCGCGAAUAAAAUAUUUUUACAAAUGGCAAGAGCAACACAGUUCGCAGCACACUUUCUCAAAGAACGACUUGACUUUGCGCAAACUUCAUCUACAAUCAAUCUCCUGAUUUCCGAUCGACUUUAUGGCGGCGGCAGCUGUUGGCGAAGCUUUUCUUUCUGCUUUCAUUGAAGUCGUCCUCGACAGGCUUGCUUCUCCGCACCUUGUUGACUUGGUCCGUGGGAAGAAACUUGACGUCAAUUUGGUUCAACGGUUGAAGAACACUCUUUAUGCUGUUGAAGCCGUGCUUAACGAUGCUGAACAGAAGCAGAUUCAUGACUCUUCUGUUAACAAAUGGCUUGAUGAUCUCAAAGAUGCUCUCUAUGUUGCUGAUGACAUUCUCGACCACAUCUCCACCAAAGCUGCUCUUUCCAACAACAAGCAGGUCAGUACUGUUAACUACUUCUCUCGCCUUUUCAACUUUGAAGAAAGGGAUAUGGUUUGUAAGCUGGAAGAUAUAGUUGCUAGGCUUGAAUACAUUCUCAAUUUCAAAGAUAUUCUUGGCCUUCAACAUAUUGCAACUCAUCACUCAUCCUGGAGAUCUCCAUCAACCUCUCUAGAUCACCCUUCUAACAUAUUUGGUAGGGAUCAAGACAAAGAGGCCAUACUCAAAUUAAUCUUACAUGAUGAUAAUGAUGUUGAUGAUAACAUUUCCGUGAUUCCCAUAGUUGGCAUGGGUGGGGUGGGAAAAACUACCUUAGCCCAAUCUGUGUUUAAUACUAUAAAGCACAAAUUUGAUGUUCCAGCGUGGGUUUGUGUUUCCGAUGAUUUCGAUGAACUCAAGGUAACCAAGGCCAUCUUAGAGGCAGUUACAGGGAGUUCUUGUAAUAUAAAUAACAAAGAGUUACUUCAUCUUGAUUUGAAGGAAAGACUGUCAGGAAAAACGUUCUUGAUUGUUUUGGAUGAUGUAUGGACUGAAGAUUAUGACAGUUGGAACUCUCUUAUAAGGCCUCUUCAAUAUGGAUCCAAGGGAAGUAAAAUUCUUGUAACUACCCGUAUUGAUAAAGUUGCUUCUAUGGUCCAAACUUCUCAUGCUUACCCUCUUCAGCAAUUGUCUAAUGAAGAUUGUUGGUCCGUGUUUGCAAACCAUGCAUGUCUUCCUCAAGAAGAAUCCAAUCAGUAUAUGGAUCUCCAAAAGACCGGCAAAGAGAUUGUUAGAAAAUGUAAAGGUUUGCCUUUAGCAGCACAAUCACUUGGGGGCUUGUUGCGACGAAAACGUGACAUUAGGGAUUGGAAUAAUAUACUAAAUAGUAACAUUUGGGAAAACGAGAGUAAGAUCAUUCCAGCACUAAGAAUUAGUUAUCAUUAUCUCCCUCCCUAUUUGAAACGUUGCUUUGUUUAUUGUUCCAUGUAUCCUAAGGAUCGUGAAUUUAAUAGAGACGAUUUGAUUUUGUUGUGGAUGGCUGAAGAUCUUUUACCGUCACUAAAAAAUGGGAAAACUUUAGAAGAAGUUGGUUAUGAGUAUUUUAAUGAGUUAGCUUCAAGAUCAUUUUUUCAACGUUCCGGAAGUGGGAACCAAUACCAGUGUUUUGUGAUGCAUGAUCUAGUGCAUGAUUUAGCAACAUUGCUUGGUGGAGAAUUCUAUUUCAGAACAGAAGAACUUGGGAAAGAAACGAAGAUCGGUACCAAGACUCGUCAUUUAUCAUUUAACGAGUUCAGAUAUCCUGUUUUGGAAAACUAUGAUGUUUUUGGCAGAGCCAAAUAUCUUAGGACAUUUUUCACAAACAGUUUUAGUCAUCAUAAAUUCCAUAAUGAAAAGGCAGCAUGCAUCUUUUUUUCAAAUUUGAAGUGCUUGAGAGUUUUGUCAUUUCGAAACUUUUCUAAUCUUGAUGCAUUGCCUGAUUCGAUAGAUGUAUUGAUCCAUUUGCGUUAUUUGGACCUCUCUUGUACAUUAAUACAAACAUUGCCCGAGUCAUUGUGUGAUUUGUAUAAUCUACAAACGUUGAAGUUGUACUGUUGUCGAAAACUAACCACUCUUCCCAAUAACAUGCAAAAUCUUGUAAAUCUACGCCAUCUUGAUAUCAGUGGACUAAAUAAGUUGAAAGAGAUGCCUAGAGAAAUGAGAAAAUUGAUUAAUUUGCAACAUUUGGGUUGCUUUGUCGUGGGAACGCAAGAAGAGAAAGGGAUCAAGGAAUUGGGAACACUUUCAAAUCUUCACGGAUCACUUUCCAUUAGGAAGUUAGAGAACGUGACCAACAACGUUGAAGCAUCACAGGCAAAGAUAAUGGAUAAAAAGUACCUUGAUAAAUUAUCAUUUGUAUGGUCUGAAGAUGCAAAGAACCAUUUUACAAGUUCUCAAAGUGAGAUGGAUAUACUUGGAAAGUUACAACCUUCCAAGAACCUGAAAAUGCUAGAUAUUGAUGGGUACAGGGGCACACUAUUUCCAGAAUGGGUUGGACAUCCUUCCUACCAAAAUUUGUCUAAGGUAUCUCUGUCUGGUUGUUUAAAUUGUUGUAUCCUUCCAUCACUUGGACAAUUAUGCUCUCUCAAGGUCUUGACAAUCAGUAAAAUGAAUAUGCUGGAGACUAUUGGAACUGAAUAUGACAAUACCUUUUCAGGGACGUAUUUUCCUUCCCUUGAACAUCUGAAGUUUGUUGAGAUGCCAUGUUGGAAAGUGUGGCAUCAUCCUCAUGAGUCAAAUGUUUAUUUUCCAGUAUUGAAGUCUAUUGUGAUUAAAGAUUGUCCCAUAUUACAUGGGGAUUUGCCAUCUUAUCUUCCUGCUUUGGACACAAUUCGUAUUGAAGGAUGCAACCAGCUUGUUUCUUCUCUCCCAAGGGCUCCUGCCAUCCGCAGAUUAUACAUAUUUGAAAGCAAUAAUAUAGCCUUGAAUGAGCUACCCCUUUCAUUGGAAGAGUUGGAUGUUGGAGGAAGUGAGGUGACAGAGUCUGUCUUUGAAGCCAUUACCAUCACCCCACCAAUUUCUCUUAAAAUAUUAGUCAUCAGGGAUUGUUCUUCUGCAAUAUCGUUUCCAAGAGAUUGUUUACCCUUAUCCUUAGAGAGUUUGUCCAUCAAAAAUUCUAGUAAUCUAGAUUUCCCAAAGCCAAAUUACGGGCAUGAGUCACUUAAGUAUCUCUUUAUAGAUAGAAGUUGUGAUUCUCUCAUAACCCUCCCAUUGGAUACCCUUCCCAACCUCCAUCAUCUGCGUAUCGGCAACUGUGAAAACAUAGAAAGUCUUUCCGUUUCAAAGGUUCUUCAAAAUCUCGAUGCUAUUAACAUUAGUGACUGCCCCAAAUUUGUAUCAUUCCCAGGAGAAGGACUGUCUGCACCCAACUUGACAUCAUUGUAUGUCUCCAACUGUGUCAAUUUAAAAUCACUGUCUUGUCACAUAAAUACUCUUCUCCCAAAGUUAGUUAGUAUGUCUAUAUCUGAAUGUCCAAAAUUGGAGAUGUUUCCUGAAGGGGGUAUGCCGCCUAGCUUUAGAACAAUUUUGAUAGCGAAUUGCGAAAAAUUAUUGAUGACCACAUCUCUAACUUCAAUGGACAUGCUUACCCAUCUUUUCACUGGUGGUCCAUGUGAUGGUGUCGAGUACUUUCCAAAGAAGGGUUAUGCAUUGCUACCUCCCUUCCUUACCUACCUGCAGAUAUUUAACUUUUCAAAUUUGCAGACGUUGGAUUGCACGGGGCUUCUCCACCUCACUUCCCUGAAAAUAUUAACAAUUAGAUUCUGUCCCAAGCUGGAGAAUAUAGUGGGUGAAAGGCUGCCUGCUUCUCUAACAGAACUUAGUAUCUCUGCAUGUCCUUUGCUGAAAGAGCAGUACCGGGUGAAAUACCCGCAAAUUUCCCACAUCCCUGGCAUUGUAGUUGACGAAAAAUGGAUUUAGUAAGCUUGAAGUUGGUUUGCAGUUUGUUGUACAUGGUCAUGUGGACACUUCCAUCAAUUAAACUGCAGAGUCAAAGCAAGCAUUUUAUUUCACAUUUUCAGAUAUUGAAGCGACUUACUCCCAUGUUGAUUAUGCUGGGAAUAUCAAUCAAUCAUGGCUUUGGUUUGUACAAUCAAAGAUACAUUACAGAAAUUUUAUGCUGCCGAGACUGUAAACAGAAUUUGAUCCUUCUAGAAGUUGCUGCUGCUAUUAUUACUUCGCAUUUGUUGACUUUGAUUGGAGUUAACAAGGAAAUAGAAUAGAGCGAGGCUGUGCUAAUUUGAUGCAGGAGCGGACUAAUGGUGUAACAAGGAAAUGGAAUUCCAAUUCUUACUGCCAUCUAACUUCCGAAGCCGUCCCGCAAAGAUUGAUUGGAAAAUCUUCAAAUUAAUAUUUUUUAAAACUUAGGCAUCAAAAGGCUGAUUAGAGCAUACUGCAUACAUCUGUACUGCUGAAGAUGAUCUAUUGCUAACUUCUUACCAGCAUGAAGCCAUGAGUUAGCUUACUGUGUCAUGGACUCAUGAUACGUGUUUCCCCAGAGGCUUGUCGUCCGGAUAAACUAUCUGUGCUAAUCACCAGAAUCUGGGAAUCCGCCCAAGAAACAACUCAGCUGCAUUUUACCAAACUGUCCCUUCAACUUGUAAAAUUGAUUAAACUGUAAAAGUGUUUUGUAAGGUAAUGCCUGGUUUCUGUUAUUUACUGAAUGAGUUAUAAUGUCGGUGUAGGGGAUCUUAGUAGCACAAGUUUCUCGAACAAAUUAGGCAUCAUUAAUAACAACUUACAAUUUUGAGUAAUGGUUCUUGGCUUUGUUUAUGCUAAAUCUAUUUCCAUAAACAUCAUUAUGUGUCCUUUUGAUUCUUUAGUCCCUUGUUUAGCAUUGAUUUUUACUUGGUAUCUUUAAUUGAUUUUCCUAUCAAAUAAUUAAUGGCAUAUGACAUCAUAUGAAAUGCCAUUUUUGGUGGAAACAUCAUAUUUAUACGUUCCGGUAUCAUUUAGGGAAAAUGAUGUGAAAAUCCCAUUUGCGCUUUCCCACUUUCAAAGAUGAUGAAUACUCCCUCUGAUCACUUUUAUAAGCAAAAUUUCAUUUUUCAAAUUUAUUGAAUAAUCAAUGUAUUUGGUCUAUAUAUAUAUAAACCAGAUAUAUCGGUUAUUCAAUGAACCUGAAAUGUGGAUUUUUAUUUAUAAUAGUAAGUUACUCGAGGGAGUAUAUUAGUAUUGGUUUGACUAACGAUUAUUAAAUUAACCGACUAAUUCUACGCCACAAGCUGUUAACAGCCG